AUGGACGAUAUCUGCACUGGUGCCGAUACGUUGGAAGAAACUAAUGUAUUAAAACACGAUCUCGUCAAAACGUUGGAAAACCAUGGGCUUGAGUUAAAGAAAUGGUCCAGCAAUACUCCGGCGCUGCUGGAAGGAAUUCCUAAGGAAGAUCGCGCAUCUGAUUCUCUAUCGUUCGAUGACGAAAAGUCCAUUGUCCAAGUUCUGGGAUUGAAUUGGAGACCGGAAGAGGAUUCCUUAGGGUACGAUUUUAGCGAGAUUAAAUUUAUCUACACUAAACGAGGAGUACUUUCGGUAAUCGCUCGGAUCUUCGAUCCUUUGGGUCUCUUGGCUCCCGUAGUGUUAUUCGCCAAGCAUUUGAUGCAGUUGAUUUGGUCAUCCGGAAUCGGUUGGGAUGAUAGACUGCCACCCGAAAUUGAAGAAGUGUGGUCCCAGUUCGUGGCGGAGUUACCGUCCCUGUCUUCAGUGCGCGUUCCGCGUUUUGUCGGGACUCAGCGAGGGUCCACAUAUAUGUUAUGUGGUUUUUGUGAUGCUUCGGUUCAUGGUUAUGCUGCUCUUGUUUAUUUACGUAUUGUCCUUCCCACUAAUCAAAUAGUAGUUCGACUAUUAGGUGGCAAGACAAAAUUGGCUCCACGUCAUUCCAUGACAGUUCCGAGACUAGAGUUGUGUGGCGCAGGACUUUUAGCACGUUGGUUGUCAAGGAUCCAGGAGACGUUAUCAGCUCAGUUAACGAUUUCCCACGUCUAUGCAUGGACAGACUCGUCUAUUGUCCUUUCUUGGCUUACGACUCCUCACGUAUCGUACAAGAUCUUCGUAUCCAAUCGAAUUAGUAAAAUUCAGCAAUUAUUGCCAGCCUGUAAGUGGCUACAUGUCUCGUCUGAAGAAAACCCGGCGGACUGUGCGUCUCGCGGCCUGAAACCUUCCGAAUUAAAUCGUCAUGAGCUAUAUUGGAAUGGCCCUAAUUUCUUGUCCUGCUCACCAGACAAUUGGCCAUCUGAAAUCCCGCGACUCUCAGUGGAAGAGAUCCCUGAGGUUAAGUCAGUUUCGCUUUUGAUCAGUUCUGAUCAAAACCACGAAUGGUUUGACAGAUUUUCUUCGUAUCAACACAUGCUCCGAGUCGUAGUCUGGGUAAGACGUUUCGUGUCGUUGUGCAAAAAGAAACCUGUAGGUCUUGGGAGUUUGACGUUAGAUGAAUUGAAUGAAGCACAAACGGUAAUCGUCAAGCAUUCUCAACUCGUUCAUUUCCAUGUGUUGUAUCGUGAACUUUUUCGAAACUCUCGGAUUUCCUCCAAACAGUUAGCUCGACUGUCACCGUACAUUGAUUCAGCUGGAAUUAUUCGUGUGGGAGGACGGCUGCGCAACUCCCCAAUAUCGAUUCGUCAGAAACAUCCGAUUUUAUUAGCAAAAACCUCGCACCUCUCUAGAUUAUUGGUACGUCAUUGGCAUAUUUUUUCUUGUCAUUCUGGGGCACGCUUAGUGACUUCUCUCGUUUCAAAACAGUUUUGGAUCUUGUCAAUUCGUAGAGUGAUUGGCAAUGAAUUGAAAGGGUGCGUUACCUGUGUCCGGUUUGCAGCUGUUAAUCCUCAACCAGUAAUGGCGGACUUACCACCCUCUCGUGUCACACCAUGUCGACCGUUCUCAAAAGUAGGGAUAGAUUUUGCUGGCCCUUUGACUAUGCGUGAACUUAAACUUCGAAAGGCACGAGAAUAUAAGGUUUAUAUUUCGGUCUUUGUUUUGUGA